AUGGAUUGGUUACUUAAAACCGUUCAACCUUCAUCAUCAAGCUCAUCUCAACCAUUCCAAUCUACUUCAGAUGUAUAUUCUACUGUCCUUCAAGCGAUCUCUCCUCAUGAACACCUCAAAUUGGCUACUCUCGUCACGGCUCCUGGUCCAGCUCCUGCCAUUCUAGCAAUCGUCUCCAAUGUUGAUUCCGAUCACGAGCAGGCUUGUAUCUUGCUGCUUUCGCCCUCUCCGCCCGCCUCUCUUCUAGCCGCUGUACCAGUUCUGACCAGUUUCCAAGUCACUCUUACCGAACGCCCUCCCCCAACUCCUGCGUCACGAGAGAGUACCGAGCCCAACACUGGAAACGUGUUACACUGUCGACUCAGUGUCCGUGGUGAUCAGUUGAUAGAGGUCGAGGUAGCUAGUGCGGAUGGUCGACAGGCGCUACGUGAUGCGAUUGUUGAACUUCGUAGGCUGGCCAUCGUUGCCGAAACUGCUGGUCUUGUUGAUGCUGAAAAUUUGGAGGACUGGGUCGAACGUUAUUUGGGGUCACGCGGCACGUCAAAAUCAAACACCAAAGCUGUCAACGCAUUGGCCCGCCUUCUCACAGAGCCAGCUCAAAAAUCCCCUGUCGAGACCAAAGACGAUGAUUGGCCGGAGUGGCGACGAAAUUGGAUUCGGGAACGGCUUCGUGAGCGGGAGGGAGAAUAUGCUUCUCGGCGAACAAUCAGAGUACGCAUUGGAACGUGGAAUGUUUAUGGGAAAAUGCCAGCAGAGAGCUUAGGAAAAUGGCUUGUGGCUGACGAUGCACCCGCUCAGCUUUAUGUGGUGUGCUCAGUCGGUAGCCUGCAGGAAAUUGACGACAGUUCUGAAGCUUACAUCCGACAUCGGCCCGAGCGGGAGCAACGAUGGACAGAAGUGAUUGAACGUUCUCUCGUUAGCGUUGGGCCGGUGGUCAAGCUCGCGAGUCAACAAUUAGUUGGCCUGCUCAUUCUAGUCUUCGGCACUGCAGAUAUCGCAAGUCAUGUAACAGAUGUCAAAACCACAUAUCUUGGCACUGGAACACUCGGUAUGGGGAACAAGGGUGCUACGGCUGUUAAACUCAGAUACUGCGAUACCUACCUUACAUUUGUUAAUUGUCACCUGGCCGCUUUCCAGGCUGAAAUUGAAGCUCGGAACCGAGACUACAGCGAGAUUUGCCGGCGGCUCACGUUUUCGACAUAUACAAAGACUGAAGGAUCCCACAAAUGGUCAAAGAAAAUGAGCAUACCUCGACUACAUUUCGUUCCUGGCUCUGAUAAUACCUCUCCCUCUCCUCUAUCAGACAUUUUCCGGACGGGCGCUGCAAAAGCCUUGAUAGAUUCAGGUCAAAUUGAUAGAUUGUUGGCUUCUGAUCAACUCAGAGGUCAGAUGGAAGCUGGAAAAGUGUUUGAAGGAUUCGAAGAGGCUAAGAUUACAUUUAGACCUACUUAUAAGUUCGAUGUUGGGACGUCUACAUACGAUACUAGUGAGAAACAACGAAUUCCUUCUUUUACAGAUCGGAUUCUAUAUCUCCCAGGUCGGACAAAUGAUGUAGAAGUGUUGAGUUACAACAGUGAUGAAGGUCCGAAGAUGAGUGAUCAUAAACCAGUAGGAGCUACAAUGAUGGUAGGAAUCUAUGAAAUUGAUACGAAUAUCUUAUCACAAGUAGAAGGAGAGAUGGAAAGAGAAUUAGAUGGAAUGGAAAAUGAAAGGAUGCCAGAUAUAGGAAUUGAACCUGAAGGACCGAUUGAAUUAGGUAGAGUUGUUGCACAAACUGGAGUGACUAUUAUGAUUUCUAAUCGUAGGAAGUUUGAAGUUUCUUGGAGAUUAGUACCUAAGCUGGGAGAUAAUGAAGUUUGUAAAGAAUGGUUAAAGAUUAGUCAGGUGACGGGUAUCUUGAGACCAGAUGAACAACAUGCAGUUCAUUUCGUAUUAGAUAUGAGAGCUAUAGAAGAAAGAUCAGAAGAGAUCAGACGUGAACAAAGUAGAAUAGGAGGACUUGGCUUAGAUUCCGAGAUUUUGUCAGAACGUGCAAUAAGAGAAACAGAAGGAGAAGGAGAAGGAGAAGUUGCUCAACAAGAAUUAGAUCCUAAAGUGAUUCAAGAUGUAAUUGUUCUGUCUGUAGAUGGUGGUAGAGAUAUUUUUAUUCCUGUGAAUGUAAGGAUUUAA